UCGCCAUUCCCAGUUCCACGCACCCAUCCACUCACUUGCUUUUACGAGAGAGGGUCGCAGGCUGAGGCAGUAGCAGCAGUGUGGUUUGCAUUGCAUCAUGGCCGACGUCGAGAUGGCAUCCGUGGGGAUACCGGCGCGGCCGACGCUGGCCGUCGAUGUGCCCGCCGACAUGCCCCUCGACACGCUGCUGGCUACGCUGAACAAGGAUGGCGCGGGGCUGGCGAGCGACGAACGCCUCCGCGCGCCCGAUGCAGACCUCAUCCUGCAGCUCUACCGGUCAAUCCUCUCCCUCGCGCCGCUCGUCGACGCGCAGGCAGCGCUGGAAAAGGACAAGGAGGAGCGCGAGCGCCGCACCGUCGAUGCCGAGUCCCAGCUGCACGAGGCCGAGCGGCUCAAGGCCGAGGCCGAGGCGCGCGCAGAGGAGGACAGACUGGCCAAGGAGGCUGCGCUUGGCGAAAAGAUGGAGGUCAGCGGCAAGCUGGCACAGGUCGAGGGCACGCUUGCUGCACUUCAGAGCACGUCCGAGAGCGGCGUGGCUCAGUCGGCAGAGGUGGCCGGCAGGCUCGAGAAGGCCGAGCAGGAGAAGCGCGACAUGCUCGACAUGCUCGAGAGGGAGAAGACCGAGUGUGCGAGGAGGGCAGAAGAGAUCGACAACCUCACGGCCAGGGCGCGAGAGGCGAGAGCAGAGGUCAACAGGCUCUCGACGGAGCUGCAGGAUGCCCGGAGCGCAGAGGGCAAUGCGAAGUUCAAGAUCCAGAGCCUGGAGCAGGAGCUCAGCCUCAAGGGCAAGGAUGCCGCAUGGGCCCACGACGAGCUUGGCCGGACAACGGAAGAGUACGCAGCCCAUCGAAGCCGGACCCACAACGAAAUCGUCUCGCUUUCCAACCAGAUCCAGUCUGCGAACCAGGCUUUGGAAUCAGCCCAAGCCAAGGCACAAUCGCUGCAAUCAGCCUACGAAAAGACGAUGGCCCGCCUCGAAGAGGCCAACCGAGAGAAAUCAGAGCUGCGACAGAAGCUCAUCGAGGACGAGACUGCAUUCAAGGCAGAAAUGAGCACCCAGUCGCGCCUGAGCGACCUCUUGGAACAGCAGAAAGAGAAUGCAGAGCGACGGCUGUCGGAGAUUGAGUCGCAGUGGGAGGACAUCAUCGAGCAGCAUCGCCUCCGUCAAGAGGACAUUGCUGCGGAGCUCGACUCGGAGAGGGCGAAUCGCGAAAAGGUUGAGGUGGAGAAGAGCGAGAUCCAGCUGGCUCUUGAUCGUCUGGCCGAGAGUGUGGGUGUGAGCACUGGUGGGAUGGUCGACGACGAUGGCAGCGUCCGAGACGGCGCCAGUCCUGUGCCCUCGACACCCCGUGGUCGAACCCCUGGAAGCGUGGGUCUGGGCCACUCGAUGCUCAUGUCGCCCACCGCUGCGCUGGCGUCCAAGGUGCAGAAGUCUGGCAAGAGCUUCACUCAGGUCUACACCGAGCUGGCAAAGACGCAAGAGGAGCUCCGCCGAGAGAAGCUCGAGAGCCACCGCCUCGGGUCCGUCUUGGAGGGCUUCAUCGCCGACCUGACCGAGAGGGCGCCGCAGCUGCAAGCACAGCGCGAGGAGACGGAGCGACUGGGCCGGGACCUCGAAGAGAUGAGCGCCACGCUGGCGACGGCAUGCGAGGAGCGCGACAUAUACGAGCGCGAGGCGAAGCAACGCAGACUCGAGGCCGAGGCCGUCAAUCGUGAGAACGGCAUCUUGGUGCAGCAGGUGGCCGACUUGGGCCGACAGGUGCGCGACCUCGCACGUGAGACGAUCCUCCGCGACGACCCCUCGGCUGCUGAACGACUGGCGCCCGAUGGAAGCCAGCUGCCAGACCCCUUCAGCGGCCCAUCGCAGCAGGAGCGGCAAGAGUCAGACACGCAGGCCGUCAUCACGAACCAGCUCGUCACAUUUGCCAGCCUGACGGAUCUGGUCGCCCAAAACGGCCGACUGUUGCGCGUCGUGCGCGAGCUUGGCGCCAAGAUGGAGGCCGAGGAGCGCGACUAUCGGGCCAGGCUCGAGGCGGGCGAAAAUGAAGCAGUGGAAGAGGCCAGGGAGGUCAUCUCCCGGCUCCAAGACGAGCUUCGCGCAGAAAAGACGCGCAUCGAAGGCGUGCGUCGGGAACGCGACAUGUUCCGCUCCAUGUGCUCUGCCGGCCGUGGAGACGGUGGUGCCGCCGCCGCUGCUGCUGCCGCAUCCUCGUCAAGUGACUCGUCGGCGGCCCACGCCACCUUGGCCAAUCAGUACUCGCAACUUCAGGCUCAGUUCGAAGCGUUCCGAACGGAAGUGGCCAACGACACGGAAAGACUCAAGCAGGAGGCAUACCAGGCACGCUCAGAGGCCAGCAGGGCCGCCCUGGGAGCUGCCAAGGACAAGGCCGGCCGAGAGAGCGCAGAAGAGAGGGUGCGAAGCGUGCAGCAGUCGUACGAAUUGGCACGGUCCGAGGCGCAGGAGCUGACGAAGCGGUGCAACACGCUGCAAGAGAACCUGGCCAAGCGCGACGUGGCCGCCCACGGCAUCGAAGAGGAGCUCCUCACGGCACGCAGCAGCCUCGAGAGGCUGCGCAACGAGGCGGCCAACUUGCGCGCCGAGAAGCAGCUCCACAAGGAGGCCGUCGAGCGGCUCAUGGGCGAGUCCAAGGCGGCUGUCACGGAGAAAUCGGCGCUUUCGGAGCUGCUGCGCAACGUGCAGAGCAUGCAGUCUGAGCUCGAGAGAUCGUCAGGCGAGAGCAGGAGACGGAUGGAGACGCAGGUCGAGAGGCUCGAGGAGCAGCUCAAGGAAAACCGCGAUCGGCUGGCAAAGGAAGAGGAGGCCGUGAGGCAGGCAUCGAUGCGGCGAGACGUCGAGACGACGGAUUUGAAGUCGAGGCUAGACCGAGCACAUGUCGAACUCGCCACCGCGAGGGAGCACCUGGCUGUAGCAAAGACCAGCGUCGAACAUCUGACGGCGAGGAGCGAGGACCUGUCCAAGCAGCUCGACGCAAAGGAGGAGAAGCUGGCUGUGUACGAGAGGCGCAGCGGCAGCAGCGUCAACGGAGUGGGCGGUGGAGCAGCAGCAGCAGCAGGCGGCCAGCAGCCUGGCAACACGCUCCUGAGCCGGGAGCAGCAGCUCGAGGUGGAGCUGGCAGACGUGCGUGGCGAGCUCAGGAGCGCCCAAGUCGAAGCGGAGCAGGCCCGCAGCCACGUUGAGCAGUUCAAGUCGAUUGCCCAGGCAAACGAAGAGGCCCUUGGUCAGCUCCAGGCGACAUACGACCAGUACAAGGCCGAGACGGACAGCAGCCUUGCGGAGAAGACGACGGAGCUCGCCACGAUUCGACAGAGACUCGAGGCGCUGGCGACUGAGCUUACGACUGCUCAGAAUGAAGCCAGCGCUGCUCGACAGGAGGCUGACCAGCAGCGGACAACGUUUGCGGCCGAGAAGCGGACGUUGGAGGACGCCAUUGCUGAGUUGGGCAGCGUCGAGAGCCGGGCAAAGGCUGAGCAGGACGAUGUGCGAGCAGAGAUGCGCAGGCAGGCACAGCUCACCCAGGAGGCCCACGCAAAGUACGAGUCCGAGCUCGUGGCUCACGCCGAGGACGUCAAAGCCCUCACGGCGGCCAAGGAGGCUCUCGACCGCAGUCGAAGCGAGGCCAGGGAGGCGAUCAAGGCACGAGAGACGGCCCAGGGCAAUCUUGCGAGCUCACAGAGCAGCUGGGAAGCCCAGCGAGGCGUGUACGAGCGAGAAAAAGACGAGAUGCGCAAGGCGAGCCAGGAAUUGCGGAGCCAGAACGAGGCGCUGCACAAGCACCUCGAGACGCUCCGGUCGCAGGCCAGCGAGAUUCGUCAGGCCGCUUCCACUUCUUCGUCGUCUGCUGCGACUGCGGGGCUUGCCGAAGGGGCUUCCUCUUCCUCGUCCUCUGCUGGCAACGAGGAGCUGCAUGAAGUCAUCAAGUACCUGCGUCGAGAAAAGGAGAUUGUCGAUCUGCAGGUCGAGCUUCGCGAGCAGGAGUGCGCCCGCCUCAGGCAGAGCGUUGAGCACACGCAGCGCAGCCUCGACGAGGCACGCAUUCAGCUGGCAGAGGAGCGAGACCGCAACGCAUCGGCCACGACGUCGGCGCAGCAGCACGAGGAGCUCAUGGACAAGAUCAAUCAGCUGAGCAUCCUGCGCGAGAGCAAUGCAACCCUUCGCGACGAGACGGAGCGUGCGCAGCGCAAGGUGUCGCUCCUCGAGACGCAGCUCUCGUCGACAAAGGCCGAGCUGGACCCGAUCAAGGAGCAGCUCCGCAUCGCGCAGGUGGAGCUCGAAGCAAGCCAGGGCCAGCUGAGGCUCACCCAGGAGGACAACAAGCGGUGGCAGGCCAGGGCUCAGUCGAUUCUGCAGCAGUACAACCGCAUCGACCCAGAGGACCUCAAGCGGCUCGAAGAGCGUGCGCAGGCUGCAGAGAAGGUCGUCGAAGAGCAAAAGGCGCAGCUCGACGCGAAGGCCAACGAGGUCGAGGAGCAGGCCAAGGCAACGGAAGCGGCAAAGGCCGAAGCGGCUGCCAAGCAGACGCAAUUCGACAAGCUGAGGCAGCAGUCGAUUGAGCGCAUCAAGUCGGCCAACCAGAAGAGCCAGGAGCUGACUCAGGAGCUCGAACGGGUCAAGGCAGAGAGCAGCGCGAAUGCAGAAUCAGCGCAGGGAACAGACGAGCUCAGGACAGAGUGCGAGAGGCUAAACGGGGAGCGCGAGACGUUGGCGCAGGAAAAGCAACAGCUCGAAGUCAAGGUCCAGGAACUCGAGAGUGCAAAGGAAGAGCUCGAGAAGCGAGCCGCUUCUUCAGCGCCUGUCAACGAUGGGGAAGGGGUCGCACAGCAGGCUGCAGAAGGCGCAGAGGCUCCGACGUCGGCUGCAGCUUCGGAAGAAGUGCAGAAGAAGUUUGACGAAGAAAAGGCGGCGUGGGAGAAGCAGAGGGAGACGAUCGAGGGCAAUGUCAAGAGACAUCUGGAGAACGCCAAGAAGUUCCUCAACGACCGACGAGCAGCGGAGAAGGACCGUGACGAGGCGAAGAAGCAGCUGGCGGAGAGCGAGGCCAGGCUGCGGCAGGAGUGGAGCGAGAACCAUGCAGACGAGAUUGAAAAGGCCGUUCGGGAGCGGACGGCCGCUGCUGCUCCGGGAGACGGCGGCGAUGGAGGCGAUGCUCUCCAGGGCGGCGAUGCGACGAUUGUUGCUCAGCUGCGGAAGCGCAUCGAGGAGCUCGAGGCGCAGCUCAAGCAGCGAGACGCGCGCAUUGCCGAGCUCGAGGCUUCGCUGCAAGGUACACCCCAGGGUGCUGCGCUCGAUCAGAUCAAGGCACAGCACCAGGAGGAGCUCCAGCUUCAGGAAGUUACCUUGGCGCAGCAAUUCACCGAGCGCCAGAAGCAGGCCGUCGAAGCGGCCGUCAGGCAGACGAAGGCAAGCGCAGGCGCCGAGAUGAAUGCCAACGGGGCUUCAACGGAGGCCAUCGAGGAGCAGGUCCAGGCCCGGCUCAAGGCAUUUGAAGACGAGCGAGGGGCGCAGCAACAAAGCGAAUUGCAGGCUGCGGUGCAAGCCAAGGAGAGGGAGCUCAAGGCCGCCCACGAAGAGGCCCUCAAGGCUCGGUACGAGGCCGGAAAGGAGGAAGCCAACCUUCGCAACAAGCUCGUCGUCAAGCAACGUGACAACAAGAUCGAAAAGCUCACCAAGGAAAUCGCUCAGCUCAAGGGCGAGUCAAUUGCGACGCCGACGUCUGCCGAGGGAGGCGCCUCUGCACCCGCUACGGCGCCCACUGGCCCGGCUGUGAGACCGGUACCUGCGGCCUCCUCGGCGGCCCCCUCUGGUGGCGCGACACGCGGAGGCGCGCCGGCUGCUGCAAGAGGUGGUGCAGCAGGGCGCGGUGGGGCCGUCCGGCCUGCACAGCGAGGAGGAAGAGGAGGUGGAGCGGCCGGAGCAGCCACUGCGGCGGCCACGAACGCCGCUGCUGCCACAGCUGCCAACUCCAACAAGAGAAAGCUGGAGGGAGCCGGGCCCAACAACAACGCCAACAACGGCGCGGCGCAGGGUGGUCCGGCUGGGGAUGGCAAUGCGCCGAAGAAGCAACGGGCCGCGGGAAGCGUCAUUUCCAUCAGAGGUGGCGCUGGCAGGGGUGGUGGCCAGGCAGGCGGGGGAGGAGGGGGAGCGUGAAGCUUGUAAAGGCGUGUAUGUGCUUAGGCAGAAAUCAAAAUUACUGUACCAGG